AUGACAGUGACUGUCGAUGCGCUCUCUUGCCUCAAGGUGAAGGAAUUACAACGAGAGCUCAAGAAACGCGGUCUAGACACGAACGGAUUGAAGGCGGUACUGCUUGAGCGACUUUACGAGCGAUUGCAGGAGGAGGAGGCUCUAGAGACGCACAAGGACGAGAUACAAGAGACGGAGGAAGAAAAAAAGACGACGGAGGUAUCAUUUGACAGUCAAGAAAAGCAAAAAAAGGCUCUAAAGAAAGAGAAUGAGCUGGAGAUGGAACGAGAUGCUGAGAAUGAUGAAAGAGACGACAAAAAUGAAACGUCCGUGGGGUUCAAGAGAGCAGUGGAAGCAAUUGAAAACCAAGAAAUGACAAACGAUACAAAGAAGCCCAAGAUAAUGGAAACAAAAGCGACCAACAGUUUACAGCCUGAGGAUGAAAAUGGUGACAAAUCAAUGUUGUCUAGUGAUAAUGCCGAGGCUGAUGAUAAAGCAGAGGGAGAUACUUUUGCAAUGAAGGAUGAAAAGACGUUAACGAUUCGAAUUGACAACUUUGUCCGCCCAUUUACGUUGAAUGCUGUCAAGGAACUUGUACAAGAGUUUGGUAGCUUUGUAGAAGAAGGUUUCUGGAUGGAUGCUAUCAAGACCCACUGCUUUGUGACAUAUCUUACUUCCGAGAUUGCGGAAAAAGCUAGAGCUGCACUUGAUGGUAAGGUAUGGCCUCCUGAAAAUGGGCGAUCGCUCAGUGUCAAGCUGAUAAAUUGCACAGCCAUGGAGGUUGCCCAGCACGGCGAGGCGAACAUACCAGACCAAGCAAAGAGUAAAAUCAGCAGCGGUGUACAAUCUGCUCAGCGGCCGAAGGUGACGAUCGAUGAAUUUUUUCAAAAGACAGAAACAAAACCGGUGUUGUACUACUUGCCACUUACUGACGAGCAAAUCAAGCAAAAGAAAGAGCGUCGGGGCCAGCAACCGGAGGGACAACCACGCAAACGCCGCCAUCGCGGCGGUCGUAAGAGAAACAGACGUGCUCGCUUUCGCAGGCGUUAG